CUCUCUCUCUCUCUCUCUCUCUCUCCCACCUCCGCGGACCACCAGGAGAACAUUUCUCUCUGGAUUUACCGCAAUCACGAUCCUGUUGUGAAUGAUCGGACCUCCAUCAUCUUCAUCUUCUCCUCCUCCUCCUCCUCCUCCUUCUUCUCCUCUGGAUGCUCGUUAGCGUCGCGGGUCGCGAUGAUGGCAUCGAUUGGGGACUUCGACCCUCUCAACACCACAGUCCCCGCAACUAAGAUAGAAGUUACCGUCUCGUGCCGGAGUCUGCUGGACGUGGACACGUUCUCCAAGUCAGAUCCAGUGGUCGUGUUAUAUCUGCAGGCCGUGGGAACCAAAGAAUGGAGGGAGUUUGGCAGGACGGAGGUCAUCGAUAACACUCGGAAUCCGGAUUUCGUCCGGAAGUUCGUUCUGGAUUUCUUCUUCGAGGAGAAACAAAAUCUACGGUUUGAUGUCUACAACGUGGACUCGAGAAGCUGCAACAUCUCCAAACACGUAAGCACAGUUCAUUCAACGUCUCCAGCGUCACUCUACGACUUUCUGGGCCAGACCUUCUGUACCCUCGGAGAAAUCAUCGGCUCCACGGCCGGGCGGCUGGAGCGGACCCUCUCUGGGAUUCCAGGGAAGAAGUGUGGAGUCAUUAUCUUUGCUGCAGAGGAGCUCAGUAACUGCAGGGACAUUGCCACCAUGCAGCUGUGCGCCAACAAGCUGGACAAGAAAGACUUUUUUGGCAAGUCCGACCCGUUCCUGGUUUUCUACCGGAGUAAUGAGGACGGAACGUUCACCAUCUGCCACAAGACCGAGGUGAUGAAGAACACUCUGAAUCCGGUGUGGCAGCCCUUCACCAUCCCCGUCAGAGCGCUGUGCAACGGCGACUAUGACAGGACCGUGAAGGUAGAUGUCUUUGACUGGGAUCGAGAUGGAAGCCACGACUUCAUCGGCGAGUUCACCACCAGCUACAGAGAGCUGUCCCGGGGGCAGAACCAGUUCAACGUCUACGAGGUUUUGAAUCACAAGAAGAAAGGCAAGAAGAAGAAAUACGUCAAUUCUGGAACCGUUACUCUGCUGUCCUUCAAAGUGGAGUCUGAGUAUACCUUCGUGGAUUUCAUCCGAGGAGGAACACAACUCAACUUCACGGUGGCGAUCGACUUCACGGCGUCCAACGGUAACCCCUCCCAGCCCACUUCCCUCCACUACAUGAGUCCCUACCAGAUGAAUGCGUAUGCCAUGGCCCUGAAAGCGGUCGGAGAGAUAAUCCAGGACUACGACAGCGACAAGCUCUUUCCCGCCUACGGUUUCGGGGCUAAGCUGCCCCCCGACGACAAAAUAUCCCACGGCUUCCCGCUGAGCGGCGACGCUGAGAACCCGAACUGCGUGGGCAUCGACGGCGUUCUGGAGGCGUACUUCCAGAGUCUGAGGACGGUGCAGCUCUACGGACCCACCAACUUCGCUCCUGUGAUCAGCAAAGUGGCAAACUGCGCCGCGGAGAUUACAGACGGCUCUCAGUACUUUGUCCUCCUGAUGAUCACAGAUGGAGUGAUAUCAGACAUGGCCCAGACCAAAGAGGCUGUGGUCAAUGCGGCAGGACUCCCCCUGUCCAUCAUCAUCGUGGGCGUCGGACCCGCUGAGUUUGACGCCAUGGAGGAGCUGGAUGGAGACGAAGUGAGGGUGUCCUCCAGGGGGCGCCUCGCCGAGAGAGACAUCGUACAGUUCGUGCCGUUCCGGGACUACGUGGACCGCUCCGGGAACCAGGUGCUCAGCAUGGCCCGGCUGGCCAAGGACGUCCUGGCCGAGAUCCCCGAGCAGCUGCUGUCCUUCAUGAAGAGCCGCGGGGUCGAGCCCCGACCGGCCCUCUCCUCCUCCUCGACGCUGCCGGAGCUGCACCGGCACAUCUGACCC